AUGGGACAUCCAAAUACCGGCUUUGGAACGGCAGAUGAUCCACUUAGGUCACAGAUUAGAAAAGACAAUAAAGUAGAUGAAAAUAAGAAUACAAAGAGUAUAAGUAAUGAAACAGUAAAAGGAACUUGUAAAAACAAAUAUCGAGAGAAUAAAUUUACUGACUUAAGCGAUUAUAUCACCAAAUGUGAAAGAAGUCUCGAUGUCACAGGUGGGUGUUUUGGGAUUCGGAAUGACGACGAUGAGGAUGAAGAAUUCUACACAAAAAGACAAUCUUUUGAACUUAUCACGACCUUAUCAACUAAUGCCAUGGACAAUCAAAAUCUUACUUUGACUAAAAACUUAGAUAACGCAAAAACACAACAAACGAAUAAAAUAACACAAAAAGACUUUUUAGGAAAAUGUAAACCAGGGGGUUGUUUAGAUCCGCCGUUUGGUGAAGAUAAAUAUUCGUAUAUUCCGAAAUUGAUUGAUAUUUCUGAAUCAAAGAAAGAUCUUUCAGAAGUAGAAAAAAAUAAAGACCAAGACGAAACAUCGCUUAUAAAUAUAAUAAAUGUUAAGGCAGAAGGCGAAAGUGGUUAUAAUGCAGACUAUAAGAAAGAGAAUAUUAAAUCAUCAUGUCCUGCUGACAGUAAUUUUAUAAAUAUAAAAAAAUCAAAUUCCAUCAUAACUUAUCCAUCAACGUCAUCGUCUACAGAGCUCUUCAGUACUUCAGAUAAAAUACAUAAAAAAAUUAAGAAAGAUAGAAAGUCCAAAGACAAUGGAUUAUCAAAUUUACCCAAUGAAUUUAUAGAAACAUAUUACAUAUCACCAAAGAAAACUAAAAAAACUAACAAUUUAGAAGAAAGUAACGGCAAUAUAGUCAAAUUUAAUAAAGAAGAAAAAUCACCAAAAAUUACAUUAUCACACUUGCACCUGGACAUUCAAGAUGCAAUCACAUGCAAUCAUAUGGCUCAAAGUCAUGUUCAAAACACAUCAACAAGAGUCGAUGCAAUAGAAGAAAUGCAACCAAUUUUAAAUGUGUCAAAAGUUAAGUUAGAUGAUCAAGUUAAAAUAGGUAACGAUAUAAAUAAAUUAUCAGGUAAAAGUUUAUCACAACCUGAUUGUGGCUCUAAUAAAAAUAUUAAAAACAUUGAGGCAAUAAUAUGUCAUGAAGGAAAUUCAAAUAACUUGUUGAAUUGUACAGCGGUUUCUGCAAUAGCUGGUGAUACUGUAUUCAGAGGUUCAGAUUCUAAUAUCUGUUCCAUAAUAAAUGAUACCCCGAAUAAUAGUUAUUUAACCCUUUUAAAUAAAGAUACAAAUGAUAGGAAUCCACUUGAUUAUGAUACUAAGCAACCAUUAAAAGAUAUUAAAAGUCUAUCCAUGGAUAAAAAACACAGCAUCAAUAAUAAUUUUAGAAACAUGAUUGAGUUUCAAAGUACUGUACUUAAAACCCAAGAUAAUCAUUAUGAAUGUGACAGGGUCAAAGCUGCCACAAAUGAAUUGAUCUGUAUUAUAAAUAAAUCCCAAUCUAAAAAUACUGAAAAUAACUUUAAAACGAAAGCGCUGGUUUCCUUAACUACGGAAGCAAUCGAGUCAAAUUUAUUACCUAAAUCGAAUAGCGAAACAGAAAACAAAAAUCUAGAUAUUUCUGAUACUAAAAAAAUUACUUCUGUGACUACAUUUAUUAGUAAACAAGAUAAAAUUGAAAGAAGUAAAAUAGAAAAUGAAAUAAGCAAUGAUAUUAGUCCUCAGCCGAUAAUGCAAGAUAAAAUUGAUUCUAAUAUAAAAGAUUAUAAAAUGUCAUUAAAUAAACUUAACACUACUGAUUCAAAAAAUUCUAAGGAUUUACUCAUUUCUCCGGUCACAAUCGAUCAUAAAGUAGAUAUUGAAAAGCAAAAGGAACAUAUUUCGUCAGAAUGUAAAAGUGUACAUGAAAAACCAAUUGAGAAAGAUACCGCCCAUAAUAAUUAUUUUACAAGUAUCAGUUAUAAAGAAAAAUUGCACAAUAACAUAAUACCGCAAACAAAAUUAGACGGUGAAGUCAAAUCAAUCAACGAAUCAAUUUUAUGUAACAACAUUGACAAAGGAUCUUUGACUUCGUUAAAAGAAACUGCGUUAAUUACUGACAAUAUCCAAAAUAUCAGCGCUCAGGAUCAUAAAGUAGAUAUUGAAAAGCAAAAAGAACGUAUUUCGCCAGAAUGUAAAAGUGUACUUGAGAACCCAAUUGAGACAAAUACCGCCAAUAAUAAUUCUUUUGCAAGAAUUAGUGAUAAAGAAAAUUUGUACAAUAACAUUAUACCACAAACAAAAUUGGACGAUGAAAUCAAAUCAAUCAAUGAACCAAUUUUAUUUAACAACAUUAACAAAGUAUCUUUGACUUCGGUAAAAGGAACUAAGUUAAUUACUGACAAUAUCCAAAACAUCAGCGAUCAGGAUCAUAAAGUAGAUAUUGAAAAUCAAAAGGAACAUAUUCCGCCAGAAUGCAUAAGUGUAAUUGAAAAACCAAUUGAGAUAGAUACCGCCCAUAAUAAUUCUUUUACAAGAAUGAGUGAUAAAGAAAAAAUGCUCAAUGACUUUAUACCACAAACAAAAUUAAACGAUGAAGAUCAUAAAGUAGAUAUUGAAAAUCAAAAGGAACACAUUCCGCCAGAAAGUAUAAGUGUACUUGAAAAACCAAUAGAUACCGCCCAUAAUAAUUCUUUAACAAGAAUCAUUGAUAAAGAAAACUUGCAAAAUAAUAUUAUACCACAAACAAAAUUAGAACAAGAUGAAGUCAAAUCAAUCAACGAAUCAAUUUUAUGUAACAACAUUAACAAAGUAUCUUUGACUUCGGUAAAAGAAGCUACGUUAAUUACUGAUAAUAUCCAAAACAUCAGCGAUCAGGAUCAUAAAGUAGAUAUUGAAAAGCAAAAGGAACAUAUUUCGCCAGAAAGUAUAAGUGUAAUUGAAAAACCAAUAGAUACCGCCGAUAAUAAUUCUUUUACAAGAAUCAAAGAUAAAGAAAAAUUGUACAAUUAUAUUAUACCACAAACAAAAUUAGAACAAGAUGAAGUCAAAUCAAUCCAAGAAUCAAUUUUAUUCAACAACAUUAACAAAGUGUCUUUGACUUCACUAAAAGAAACUACGUUAAUUACUGACAAUAUCCAAAACAUCAGCGAUCAGGAUCAUAAAGUAGAUAUUGAAAAUCAAAAGGAACAUAUUUCGCCAGAAUGUAUAAGUGUAAUUGAAAAAUCCAUUGAGAUAGAUACCACCAAAAAUAAUUAUUUUACAAGAAUGAGUGAUAAAGAAAAAUUGCUCAGUGACAUUAUACCACAAACAAAAUUAAACGAUGAAGUCAAAUCAAACCAAGAAUUAAAUUUAUUUAACAACAUUAACAAAGUAUCUUUGACUUCGGUUAAAGAAGCUACGUUAAUUACUGACAAUAUCCAAAACAUCAGCGAUCAGGAUCAUAAACUAGAUAUUGUAAAGCAAAAGGAACAUGUUUCACCAGAAUGUAAAAGUGUACUUGAAAUACCAAUUGAGACAGAUACCGCCCAUAAUAAUUCCUUAACAAAAAUCAUUGAUAAAGAAAACUUGCAAAAUAACUUUAUAACACAAACAAAAUUAGACCAUGAAGUCAAAUCAAUCAACGAAUCAAUUUUAUGUAACAACAUUGACAAAGGAUCUUCGACUUCAUUAAAAAAAACUACGUUAAUUACUGACAAUAUCCAAAAUAUCAGCGAUAAGGAAAUAAAAAAUAUAAUCAAGUCAAAUACCAGUAGAAAUAAUCUAAAUUCCAAAUGUGACUUAUCACUCAACCAAAACAACUCAUUAUCAACAAAUGAAACUACUUUAGCAACUGAAAAUUUUCCAAUUAUAGACGAGCAAGUUAUUCAAAAUAUCACAAUACCAAAAGUCAACGGGGACCAAACACAUUCCAAAAGUGCUUUGUCUCUAAAUAAAAGCAACUUAUAUCCUACAAAAGAAAAAACUUUAUUUCCUUAUCAUAUACAAGAAAUCAGAGAUCGGGCAAUUCAGAAUAUCUCGAUGUCACAAUCAACAACAAAAAGUGAAUCUCUUGCUUAUUUGCACAAGAAUGAAGACAUUUUACCUUUUACAAAAAAUACUACAUUAGACACUAGCAAUCUUGAAAUCGUUGAAGAUCAAAUAAUUCAAAAUAAGAGACAGACAAUAGACCAAAUACAUCUGAUUCCUAAUAAAAACAACGCUACUCCAACAAAAGAAACUUAUUUAGAUUCUAAUAAUGUUAAAGGCAUUAGUGACAAGGUUAUUCAAAAUAUCGAUACAUUAAAACCCAAUAGAAGACUAACAGAUUUUAAAAGUGGCUUGCCUGAUAACCAAAGCGACUUUAUUCCGACAAGAGAAUCAAAUCUGGUUUACGGCAAUGUUCAAAACAACAGCGAUAUAUCAAUCAAUCAAUCAAUGAGCGAUCAAGCAAUUCAAAGUAUUCCUAUACUACAAGCCAAUAGAAGCCAAAUAAAUUCCAAAAGUGACUUAUCUUUAAAACAAAGCAAAUUGACCCUGACAAAAGACAGUAACUCUCAAUACUUCAGUGAUCAGACAUCUCAAAACAUCAACAUAUUAAGACUCAAUAGAGACGAAAUUAAUUCCAAAAGUGAUUUGCUUCAAAAUAAAGAAAUCUUUACUCCGAUCAAAGGCACUAACUUUGAUAAGCACAAUUUUCAAACAAUCAGUUAUCAAGCAAUUCAAAAUAUCACAACACCACAAUCAAAUAGAAACGAAAUAAAAAGUGAUUUGUCUCCAAAUGAAAGCAAUGUAAUUUCGUCAAGAAAAACUACCUCAGUUGAAAGCAAUGUUCAAAACAUCAGAGAUCAAGUUAAUAAAAAAAUAGAUUUAAAAAGUGAUUUGUCUGUAAAUGAAAGCAACUUAACUUCGACAAGUGAAACUACUUUAGAGAAAAGUAAUAUUCAAAAUAUCGCUGAUCAAUCAGUUCAAAUGAUCACAAAAUCAAAUGGAAACAAAAAUCAAAUGUACUCUUCAAGUAAGAUAUUGCUUAACAAAGGUAAUUUAAGCCUGUUAAAGUCAACUACAUUACUUAAUAACGAUAUACAAAACAUCAGCUAUCAGGCAAUUCAAAAUAUCGCACAGUCACAGACCAAUAGAAACCAAAUUGAUUCCAAUAAGGACUCAUCCAUCGACGAAACAUCUUUAAUUUUAACAAGCCUUAAUAAAAUAGAAAAAUUACAAAGAAAAACGGUUGGUACAAAAAAUAUUUCACCUAAAAUAAAACCAAAAACCUCUUUCAACGAAGAAAAUGACAAAAAAAUUAGCUUGAAGGAAACUUCACAAAAUAAUUUACAAGGGGCAAUUGAAGUUCAAUUCAAAAAUAAUGUUUCUGCUACAAACGAAGAUAAUAAUAAUAUAAAACAAAGUACGCACAAGACAAAUAUAGUGAAAGAUAUUAUUUACCUUGAUUUGAAGUUCCAAACUUGCGGCGUUGAUAAAAAUAAAAAUGUUGUUAGAACAUUAGACACGGCUUUGUUUGAUAAUAGCUACCAAUUGCUAGGCGAUAAUAUUUUGCAUAUCAAGACCUUAAUAAGAGUGGAUGACAAUGAAAUUAGAAUACCAAUUGAUGCAGACAAAGAUUUAUCCCUAAAAAUUACAAAACCAAAAGGAAAAUUCUCUCAUAAAAAUCGCAUGAAUGGUAAUUUAUCAGACCCACGUAAUAUGCUAUCUUCCAAACAAAAGUCAGAUGAAAUCGGCGUGUUUUUAAACAAUCAACGAAUUAAUAAAACUGUAAAUGCAAAGGUUUCAACCAAAAUUAAAGACAGUACAAAAAGUGCAGAAAAUUUGCAAGAUACUUUAUGCAGCAUCUAUCAAGAAAAACUACUCCCGUUACACGAGACUCUAAGGAAUUUAAUAGGAGAUGUAGACGGAUUAGCUGAACAACAAUCAAUUAUAAUAGACAAAUUACACAAAGAGAACGAAAUUCAAGCAAACAGAAUCCCUAAUAAAAAUAAAGCAUGCGGUUGCAAUUCAAAUUAUAAUAUUAAAGUAAUUAAUAGCUUAAAUUAA